GCUCACACAGGAAGGCGAACUGCAGUUGAACUAAAACUGUGAAGCACUAAGACAAGUUUAACAGACAAAGUAAUAAAAUGCCUGAAAAGAACAGUAUUAGCUUUAAAAGAGUGCUGCUCAUAUUUCUUCUGAUAUUUGGAGUAUUUUGGAAGCAGUGUGACUCACAGGUGAUGACAGAAGAAGCCAACAAACCUCCAGAUGACACUCGAGCAAAAGAAGGUCGUGGAGGAGACGGCAGCGCCUUCUUCGCCCAGCGGAGCUGCCACCAGUUGCUGAAGGGCGACUCCGGGGACUUCUACUCCCCGGACUACAUGUGCUCCAACCCCCCCCUGUGGUGUAACUGGACCAUCCAGGUGGCCCCUGCCUGGAGGAUCGACCUGUACCUGGAGGACCUGACCCCUGACGACGCCUGCCACCUCAAAGACGACCAGGUGCACGUGGACGAGCCCACGGGACAUUUUGGGGGCACCAACGUCCUGCAGAAGUGCUGGAAAGAGGCCAAAUACACGUCGUCCUCCAACACUCUGUACGUGGUGCUGCUGAUCGGGGGUUGGCCCACCCCACCCUACAGGGGCUUCUACGGACGAUAUCAGGCCUUCGGACCCCCCGUGGUUUACAACCCUCAGGAGGGACUACCAGAAACAAACAUGGGGUCACAAUCUCUUCCUUCUGGACUCUUGGAGUUAAAUGAACGUCCAGAUCCAAAUCCUGAUCUCAUGUAUGACUUCAACAAUCAGCCUUCAGAGAUGACUGCCGAGAAAAAGGAGAAUGAGGAGGGUGCGGACACUGAGGUGGUUGAAAAUCAACGUCCAUCGUUGGAGAGCUACAGCCAGUUAAAAGCCACUCCCACAGUGGAAUCAUCCACUCAGGUAACGUCUCGAUGGGGCAGAGAAGCCUCUCAAACCCCUUCAGGCCCGUCAGAUUCAUCCGUCCCUCCCCAGCAGGAGGAGGAGGGUCAGAACCAGAACCAGGAAGAGGAGGGUCCGAACCAGGAGAAGGAGGGUCCGAACCAGGAGGAGGAGGGUCCGAACCAGGAGCAGGAGGGUCCGAACCAGGAGCAGGAGGGUCCGAACCAGGAGCAGGAGGGUCCGAACCAGGAGCAGGAGGGUCCGAACCAGGAGCAGGAGGGUCCGAACCAGGAGCAGGAGGGUCCGAACCAGGAGAAGGAGGGUCCGAACCAGGAGCAGGAGAGUCAGAACCAGGAGAAGGAGGGACCGAACCAGGAGAAGGAGAGUCAGAACCAGGAGCAGGAGAGUCAGAACCAGGAGCAGGAGAGUCCGAACCAGGAGCAGGAGGGUCCGAACCAGGAGCAGGAGGGUCCGAACCAGGAGCAGGAGGGUCCGAACCAGGAGGAGGAGGGUCAGAACCUGCAGCUCAAACCCACUGAAGUCAUCUCGACAGCUGCUGUGGAGGAAGCUUCGACACAUCCAGAGGAAGCUACUGCUGCAGAGAAGGAGAAGUCUGCAGACGAUAAGAGCAGAAAGGAGGUCACCGAGGCCUCGGAUCAACUUCCUGUCCCCUCAGAGGAACCAGAACCAGAACUAGAACCAGAGGAGACUCAUCCUCAUCCCAACAUGGUGGAGCCGCUGUCGGACCAGAGAGCGCACCCCCGCAUCAGAAAUCACUCUGGAAUUUCACAUCUUCCUGGUGAUUACCUGUUUGAAGUGGCUGUGGAAAUGAACUUCAGUCCAGAUGUGGAGGAGAGCUGGGACAACCUGGCCCUGUCCCUGCUGUUCUCUGUGGAGGCUUUGAUCAGUAAGGAGCUGGAGAAUCUGCACACGCCGCUGUCCAUGUCGUCUGAAAGAACAAAAAGGCUGAGUGCUGGAGCGCUGUUCAUCGUGUGGCUGCAGCUGGAUCAGGGUCCUGGAGGUCUGCAGGUCCACAGGACGCUGCACUCCGCCCUGCAGGGACUCAUCUCAACACACGUGGGCGUCGGAGGAAACGGCAGGAAGGCUGUCAUCCUCUCCGUGUCCACUGCAGAUGUGGACGAGUGUCUGUCGCAGCUGAUGCGCUGUGACCUUAACGCAGACUGUGAGAACCGGUUCGGAUCGUACUCGUGUCGCUGCAGGUCAGGUUUCCACGACGAGUCCCUCCUCGGGUCGGCAGGAACUGUGUGUGUGAAUCAGAACGCUGCAGGCUGCAGCUCGUCCUCAGAGUCUCGAGGCGUCUACGUUCUCUUCUUCCUGCUGAGCUCGGUGCUGCUGCUGCUGCUGGGGGCCGCCGGGCUGCUGUACCUCCGCCACCACAGGGGGGCCUUCCUGCUGCGGGGCCACGCCGACCCCAACAACAACAACAACAACACCAACAACACCGCAACCCACCACUAUCAUGCUGACUCUGAGCUGCCCCCCCCACCCCCUCCUGCCCGGGGCUUCAGGGAUGUCCCGCUGCUGCGCUUCAGCUCCCUGCAGCCGGGGGGGCAGGGAGGGAAGAUGUGAGCAACAGAGCAUCUUUAAAAACAUUUAGGUUAUUUAGUUUGAUUUCAGUUUCAUCUGAUGCGGUUCACUGUCUGAAUUAAAGCACAACAAAGCAGCUUGUGUUUUCUGUCUCUUUCUAUUUUUUAACUUUUUUAAAUAGACCGCCAAAAAACAUACGUGGCAAUGCUUGCAUAACGGCACCUGUUGUACACUGACUUUUGAUACUAACGUGUACAAAGUGCAUUUAUCCUUCAAGGAUAAGGCUAUAGCCUAUAUGUAAGGAAAUAUAAGCUGUAAACUAUAUGUAAAAUGUAAACGACUGAAUAGAAAAUAAUAUGUAUCCUCUACUGAAUAGGAUGCAUAACAGAUGGACAAAUUAAACUCAUAUUUGCAGCAUGGACAUAGAAUAAACCUUGCAGCAGCAUCAAAAAGUCUCCGGUCUACUCAUAUCUUUAUUUUACGUCAAUGGUGGACAUGUAAGACUUAAACUCAGUGCUACCUGUUAACCACUUGGUGUUGACAAAAUGGUGAUAUAUAUGUGUUGUGUUGUUGCAUUAUUCCUCUAUUUCUAGUGUUCAUGUCCAUAAUGCCACAUUUAAAUUCAGGAAUGCACCUGAUUAUUCGGCGUGACUCUCUGGCCGAAGGGAACUCCAGCAGCAGGACGUCCGGCCUGUUGUGACGCCUGAGUUUCAGCCGGCUCCUGCAACACUGUGAGCAUGCUGCAGGGACUGAGUGAAGUCCAGAGCGCUUUAAUAGGCUUACAGCAGCUAAUCCAGGGCGGUGGGCCGUCACAUGGGGAGUCUGCUGACCUCAGCCUGCUUUAUUACAGGGUGACUGUUCCUUCAGCCCACAACAAGGCUUCUCUUCAGCGGAUGUGCUAUACACAGAGUUUCAAUAAAUGUAAUCAGAGGUGGGAAGUAGUGGAGU